CUUGAUUCCGUAUUCUCAUAAACGUCUAAACACAAAAACACCUGGUUGUUUAAAAAUUCAUAUUUGAAAAGGUUCCAAUAAUUAUUGUCCUGGUAUACUACCCACCCUGCAGUAUCAGAUGCAAGUUUAAUAUCCAGAGCCGGAAGCGUGGUUCCACUGUCAAACGAAGCUGCUGAAGAGCCUGGGAGUUUAUAUAUUUAUAUAUUUUAAAUUAAAACAAGUCCAACUGCAGGAAUGGAACGUCAACGCUGGCUGCCUUUGGAAGCAAACCCAGAUGUUAUGAAUCAAUUUCUCAAACAGUUAGGCUUGCUUCCCACUUGGCAGUUUGGUGAUGUAUAUGGUUUGGAUCCUGAUCUUCUAAGUAUGGUCCCAAGACCUGUCUGUUCAGUGCUUCUCCUCUUCCCAGAAACAGAAAAGUAUGAAUCCUAUAGACUAGGAGAGGAGGAGAAAAUCAAAUCACUGGGCCAAGAAGUCAGGUCAGAGGUUUAUUUCAUGAAACAAACAAUAAGCAACGCGUGUGGAACAAUAGGCCUUAUUCACGCUGUGGCAAACAACCAAGAUAGACUAGAAUUUGGACCAGGUUCAGCACUGAAAAAGUUUCUGAGUGAGUCGAGUUCCUUGAGUCCUGAAGAAAAGGCCAAGUUCCUGGAGGAAGAUGAGAGCAUUCGUGUUACUCAUGAAUCCAGUGCACAGGAAGGACAGACUGAGGCACCAAGUAUAGAUGAAAAAGUAGACCUGCAUUUUAUUGCAUUCGUCAAUGUGGGUGGGCAAUUGUAUGAAUUAGAUGGAUGCAAGCCUUUUCCAAUAGUUCAUGGAACCACGACAGAAGACACGUUUCUAGAGAAUGCUGCUGAAGUUUGCAAGAAGUUUAUAGCACGUGACCCAGAUGAGUUGAGGUUUACGGUGGUGGCUCUUUCCAAGGUAUAAAAUGCUGCUGAGGUUUUUCAUUAAACUUCGAAAGGUUUCUGCCAGCCAUUCAUACGUUUAGAAACAACAAGAUAACUUCAAUUCAAUAAAAAUUGUAACACAAAAAACAUGUAAUAAAGUUACAAUGCUAAAACUCAAUCUGCACAAAAAAGUGCAUUAAAAGAUAUUGUCCUCAUAAUGGCCUCCUCCUGGAAUUAAUUCAUUUUGUUUUACUGAAUAAAAAGAGCCUUGGUAGAACUAUACAUGUAAUAUAGAACAUGGUAACUAACAUAUCCGUAAUUUUUUAUUUUUUAUUUGGCUGAUUAUUCCUAAGGGUAUUAAUAACUGUAAACCAUAAUUAAACUGUGCUAGGCUGAUCCUUAAAUUUGGUUUCCUGUGCUAAAGAUUUGCAGCACAAAAUUCCUACAUGUAAAAGUUUGAUGUUUUGAAAAUAAAGAGGUGUUUCCAUUCUC